UGAUCUGCCGCAUACCAAAAACGCCUCUACUGCACAUUUUCAAGCAGCCGCCUGACAAACAACUAAACUUUUAGGUCUCCUGCUUCAGCAACGUUCACAUAAAUUAUUGGCAAAAUUAAUAAAAUUGCAACGAGAAAACGCAUGCGCAGCAAACAACACAACGCAAUGUCGUCGCCAACACGAGCACGCGCAACAACAAAAACCCCAAAAACUGCCACAGCUGCGAUAGCCGCGUGCACACUUUUCCUACUACUCUCACUUGCGGCCACCAAUGCGCAAACGCAAAACCCCACUCAGAAGGAAAUCGCAGAAGUCACCGGCAAGCCUGCCAUCUACAAGCCAGCCAUCAUACGCACUGAAUUGCGUUUCGGACGCAACCUUGACCCGGAGAAGGUGCGCGUGGUCAAUGUAAAAUCAAACACCGGCGACAAUGUAGAACUUUUGGUAGGCAAGGAUACGAGACGCGGACGCCUUGAUGAUGCCAUGGGCAGCUUCUUUGUGCGCAGCGCCGACGUACGCAAACCUACACCACGCCCACAAAACGCCAAACCAGCCUACGCAUACAAUUUCCAGCAUACGCCAGCGCUGCUCAAGCAAGCCGAAUUGGCGCGCCAAGGUAAAGAAUACCAACAACGCAAAGCCGAUGCGGAGGCACGUCAAGUGUUGAAGAUACAAAAUGCAUUGCGACAGGCAAAUCAGGCAAAUGGCAUGCAGACUAGUAACGGUCGAGCACAAUAUGCACGUGGACUGCAGUUUCGCGACGAGAACGAGGUGCAUAAACAACAAUUUGUGCAGCACGACCAGCAAAGUCACGAGCGACCGGUCAGCUACCUGCCCCAACAACGCAGUGCAAAUAUCAGCCGAAACAAAAGCUUCGCGUUCCCCUCCGAAGUGGAUGGCGCAGCGCAUGAACCUAUCGAUCGCUCUUGGCAGCCACUCGAAGCCGUUAAUGCGCCACGCACGCGUAAUUUGCGUCAAGCGCCCAACCCAUACAAUACACCAUCUGACACAUACCCGCUUGGUGGCGGUUUCACUUUUCGCCCCAUCUUCAAUGCUGCGCUACGCUCCGUAGCCGAAUAUUACACGAAUGCCGCAAAUAGUGUCAGUAGCACGGCACGCCGCUCCAUGCGCCCAAAUAUCAUUACCAAGGACGAUUACUUGGCGUCGAACAGCAAAAAGAAGACGACCUACUUGCCCGCUGCCAUAGUGUUGACCUCGUCCACGGCCGUGAUGCCACCGAAUACUAAUAACAAUCGCGAUAACAACAGAAAUAACAACAAUAGUGUGAACAGACAUAGCAGCCACUACCAGGGGAACGCAUACGGUGGAGCGGCCACGCAAGCCAAGGUGCCAAAGUUGCGGGAUUCGCCGAACCAGUAUGCGGCUGCUGCUUCAUCUCCUUCGUCGGCCGUGGUUGAUGGCCCAGCGGUGACUGUGAUUGAAGGCGUGCGUGUGCCCGAUGCGCCAGAAGACAAGGUGCGGACUUGGCGAAAUGCGCGUGUACUGAACAAUCAGCUGGUGCCAUACCCAGAUGGUUAUACGCCGCCCAAGGUGCAGAUACAGCAUUUCGACAGAUGAGUGAACGAUCGAAGCCGACGAGUACUUUGUACGUAUAAACUGCCAAAAAUAUAAAUGUUUUCCAAUUCUUAAAACUACGACUACUUUCUGCACUUUAACAAUUCUCUGCUACUGGAGUUAGUGGCAACUGAGGAGCGCAGAGCUAAACGGGGGAAGUUUUAUAAGAAAUAUUUAAGUAAUAAAAAAAAUCAUGGAAUGGCUUAGUUUUGAUUUUCCUCAUUUGUCUGCUAUGCAAAACAUUCUUGCUGUAUACUUUUUGUAAUUUAUUUAUUUUUAAUUAAAAUAUUCAAUUUUCGUUGCUAAUCGAAAAUUUUAUGAUAAGUUAUAAACAAAUGUAAGCAUUAGUAACAUACAUACAUACAUACAUCUGUUGAUUUUUUUUGUAUUUUCCAAGUAUGAAAAGAUUAUUCUUAAGUAACUCCCGAAAGCAUGUUCUGCGAAUGACUACUUCAAGUGUUCACUGGUUACUGUUUUUAUGAUCGAAUUAAAAGUAAAGAAAUCAUUUUCGUCUAUUUUCUCUAAGCAAAUAUUUUAUGACUCCCUUC